UGGCUGUUGCUCUGGCGCUGCUGGGUCUGUGCCGGCUGUAACGGUGCCCGGGCAUCAUUAUCAUCAUCAUCCUCAUCUCUCCGGCGACACACGCACAGCCCGGCCGGCGGCAUGCAGAGCUCAGUGCGGAGGCGGCAUCACCCGUCCGCGGGGUCUCCGGCCAGGUUUGGCGCUGUGCAGUCGGAUGAUGGCACCAGGAGCUCCCACUUUCACCUGGACCUCUGGUUCUAUUUCACCCUGCAGAACUGGCUUCUGGACUUCGGGCGCCCCAUUGUUAUGAUUAUCCUUCCCUUGGACUGGUUCCCAUUGAAUAAGCCCAGCGCAGGCGACUACUUUCACAUGGCUUAUAACAUUAUAACUCCACUCCUACUCUUGAAGCUAAUAGAGAGAUCUCCAAAAACCCUGCCUAACUCUGUAAUAUAUAUCAGCAUCAUGACCUUUGUGAUGGGGGCGAGUAUCCAUCUUGUCGGGGAUUCUGUAAAUCAUAGACUGAUCUUCAGCGGAUAUCAGCUCCACCUGUCUGUGCGAGACAACCCAAUCAUGCAAAAGCUGCAGCCCCCCACCCUGGUGGACUCCUUUGAGUUGUUGUAUUAUUAUGAUGAAUAUUUGGGUCAUUCCAUGUGGUACAUUCCAUUUUUCCUCAUCCUGUUUAUCUACUUUUCCGGUUGUUUCACGACAGUGAGGGGCGAGAGUCGGAUGCCUUUGUCAGCCUGGUCUUUACUGGUACCUGGCAGCCUGUAUUACUGGUACCUGGUGACUGAAGGACAGAUCUUCAUAAUCUUCAUUUUCACCUUUUUUGCAAUGCUCGCUCUCAUCCUACACCAAAAGCGCAAGGGCUUGCGCCUGGACAGUAAUGGCCUCUUCUUACUCCUCUCAUUUUCUGCCACUUUGCUCCUUAUUGCAGUUUGGAUCGUAUGGUUAUGGAAUGAUGAAAUUCUCCGCAAGAAAUACCCUGGAGUGAUCUAUAUUCCUGAGCCCUGGGCAUUCUAUACACUGCACAUCAAUAGCUUGCACUGAAAGGGGAUUGGGCCUGCUUCUUCCGAUGUAGCCACCUAAAGGAGUGGAACCAAAUGUAGACUUUUAUCAUUUCCAUGUAUUUGACCAGUCUAGAAGCUGAUGAAUAACAGGAAACCACUGCUCUUACAUUGUAGUUGGUUGCUUUUAAUAUAUGAUAAUUCUAUUUUGCUAUAUAUGAAUAGCUUUAUUUAGCUACUAAUUUCUCUAGAACAAUACCAAGCUCCAGACUUUUGUCAUUAGUGUGGCAAAGAAUCUGAAGUGGAGGAUAUUUUACUUAAAUCUAUUUUUUUCUAUGUCAAUCUAGAACCCUUCCCUGAUAGUUCUUGGUCUAGGGAUAUCUUAAGACAAUCAUUUACGGUUUAGCAUGGAAUAGUCUCCCAGCAUAAAUUAUGGCAGCUAAUGCAGUGAAACAACUCAAAAAUGUCUGCUCUAUGCUAACAGAUAUAUAUUUGCGAAUAAAAGCUAUAUUUUCUUUUUA